AUGCAACCGAUCAGGGAGUAUCCGGGUGGCGGCAUCGAUUCUGUUGCCCUAAUGGACUCGAUAGUCGAUGUUAUAUUUUUUGCCGAUAUCUUAUUAAACUUCCAUACUACUUUUGUUGGACCGGGUGGAGAGGUUGUUAUUGACCCCUCGAUAAUUCGACAAAACUACUUUAAAUCUUGGUUCCUUAUUGAUCUCUUAUCAUGUUUGCCUUAUGAUAUAUUCUACAUGUUUAAGAGAGACGACGAGGUUCUCAUCUUUACUCUCUUUCCAAAGCGCAUACUGAUGAUUUGUGUUCAGAGAAUAGGUAGCCUAUUUUCGGCAUUGAAAGUAGUCCGACUGCUGCGAUUGGGCAGGGUAGCGAGGAAACUUGAUAACUACUUAGAGUACGGUGCAGCAACACUGUUGCUUCUGCUCUGUGCUUACGUUCUUGUAGCUCACUGGCUGGCGUGUAUAUGGUUUGUAAUAGGAGAGCAUGAAGUCAAACUUAAAAUGGACAAUCCAUUGCUACCUGAAGGCUGGUUAUUUCGGUUAGCAAAUGAUUUGAAAGCCCCAUAUAACAUCAAUAUGUCUAACAGAACACGAUUAGUAGGUGGACCAUCACGAACAAGCUCCUACAUAUCGUCUCUAUACUUUACUAUGAGUUGCAUGUCUACUGUUGGAUUUGGCAAUAUUGCCAGCACAACGGACAAUGAAAAACUGUUCGGCGUAUGCAUGAUGAUUAUAUCCGCACUGCUUUAUGCGGCCAUAUUUGGUCAUAUGACAACCAUCAUUCAGCAGAUGACAUCUGCAACCGUAAGGUACCACGACAUGAUCAGCAAUGUACGCGAGUUUAUCAAACUCCAAGAAGUUCCCAAAGAACUUGCUGAGAGAGUAAUGGAUUAUGUAGUAUCUACUUGGGCAAUGACAAAGGGUAUCGACACGCAAAAGGUGAUCAAACUUGAAUAUUAA